GUAAUUUUGAUUUUGUUUAAAUAUCUCACUUCAAAAUCCAAAUUAACAGUUAAUCUAACAUCAGUCUAUAUUUAGAGUGUUGGUGACCAUGAAGUUCCUCUCGUUGCUGUUGUUUCUCAGUGUUUUGCACAACAAUGUCGAAAGUUCGAAAAUUUUAGUAAUUUCGUCAAUGCCUGCCCACAGUCACUACAUUUUGGCGUUCCGUUUGGCUAAAGAACUAGCCGAUAGGGAGCACCAUGUGACUCUCAUGAGUCCUUAUCCCCAAAAAACGUUGGUAAAGAACCUCAAGGAAGUCUCACUUGAAGAUACGAUUCCGUGGGUCAACGAAUUCAAGAAAAGUCUAUUCAAUAGUCCCAAAACCCUACUGUCAAAUGUGCAGGAAAACUGUGUGUUGGGAGGCGGAACGACUGAAUAUGCGCUAAACAAUACAAAUGUACAGAAACUAUUAAACUCAGGCGAAACGUUCGAUGUUGUCAUUUUAGAACAUUUCCUAAAUGAAGCCUUACUAGGGAUUGCACAUCAUUUCAACUGCCCAGUAAUUUUACUAGAGCCCAUACCAGCAAGCAAAAAGACGAAUUAUUUGUUUGCAAACCCUAGUCCCUCCUCUUAUGUGCCCGAUCUCAUGGGGACUUUCACAAAACGGAUGAGUUUCUGGCAACGACUUCAAAAUUUUAUUUCGAAUAAUCUUGACGCUGUUUUGAGAGAAUUUAUCUACCUACCAGUUCACAGAAAACUGUUCGACAAAUAUUUCAAAACUGGUAUCAACCUUAACGUUUUAUUACACAAUAUUAGUUUAAUGUUAACAACUUCGCACCCGAGUGUUAACGAUGCGAUCCCGCACACCCCCAAUAUGGUCGAAAUAGGGGGCUACCACAUCUUGCCCCCCAAACAGCCCCCGCAAGACAUACAAAAUUACCUCAAUAAUGCCUCUGAAGGCGUCGUUUUGUUUUCGAUGGGAUCCAAUUUAAAAAGCAAAGAUUUGACUUUGAACGUGAGGAAAGCAAUCCUAAAUUCAUUCUCGAAAAUCAGACAGAAAGUCUUGUGGAAAUUCGAGGCCGAUUUGCCGGAAGCUCCGGAAAAUGUGAGGAUUAUGAACUGGUUGCCUCAGCAAGACAUCAUAGGGCAUCCCAAUAUUCGAGCUUUUGUCACUCAUGGCGGUCUGCUGAGCACAAUUGAGGCGGUUUAUUACGGGAUUCCCAUAAUUGGUAUCCCUGUUUUCGGCGAUCAGAAAAGCAACAUUGCGGCAGCUGUGAGUAAUGGCUAUGCAAUCGAAGUGCCUUUAGCCGAAUUGACGGAGGAAAAGUUUUCCAGCGCUCUAAACGAGAUACUGAAUAACCCGAAUUGCUUCGACACAAUGAGCUCACUAGCGGUCAUUUUCUGGCUGGUGUGUGGUGUCCACAGUGAGAAAAUUUUAAUGGUUUCGACCGUGCCAACGUAUAACUACUUCAACCAAAUUUUUCGCUUGGUCGAAGAAUUAGUCAGUCGCAAACACGAAGUAACUUUUAUUAAUCCGUAUCCCUCCAUUGUCGAGUUAGAAAAUUUGGAAACAAUCAAUAUUGACUUGUCGAAAAAACUGGAACAGGUGAUGGUGAAUCGCGUCAAUUACGUGAAUUCGGGGGCAAUCGCCCGAACCCUGAACGCAUUUGAUGCGUCCUUUUGGACCACGGAACACGUACUGAGAGAUAAACAAUUCCAAAAAUUGUUAAACUCGACCAAAAAGUUUGAUUUAGUAAUAGUUCAGUAUUUUCUCAACGAAGCUAUGAACCAGCUCGGGCGACGUUUCAACGCCCCGGUUAUUUAUCUAUCACCAGUUGGAGAAACGUUCAGAACGAAUUUAUUUUUUGCGAGACCUUCGAUUUCGUCUUAUGUUCCAAACGACUUCUCGUCUUUCCCCGUCCAAAUGAAUUUUUGGCAAAGGACCGAAAACUUGGUCACUAAUAUUGUUAUAGAUUUGCUUCGGGAAUUUAUCCAGUUGCCCAAACAGCACAACUUGGCACUGAAAUAUAUCGGCAGUGGGUCUCAUCUGUAUAACGUUAGUUUAAUGCUGUGUAACGCUCACGCUAGCGUUCACAACACUUUCGUACAAACGCCGGCGAGUAUUUACAUUGGGGGUUAUCACAUUCGGGCCCCUAAAGCCCUCCCUACAGACCUACAGAACUAUCUUGAUAGUGCCAAACAUGGCGUUAUUUUAUUCUCAUUAGGGACUUUAACAAAAAGCAGUUAUUUAAAACCGGAAGCUCUCAAAUCAAUUUUGGGGGCGUUUUCGAGAAUGAAACAGAACGUAAUUUGGAAAUAUGAAGGUACUUUGCCUAAUGCGUCCAGAAAUGUAAAAACAGUCAAUUGGUUUCCCCAGCAAGACAUUUUAGCCCAUCCAAAUGUCCGCGCUAUGAUAACACAAGGAGGCUCCUCAACUAUGCUUGAGUGUGUUUAUUUUGGGGUUCCAGUGGUCGGUCUUCCCAUGCAUGCAGACCAAAACACCAACAUUGCUAGAGCUACUAGCCACGGUUACGCUGCUAAAGUCUCUUUGAACGAAAUUACAGAAAAUGCGUUUUAUGAAACAUUGCAAGAAGUAAUAAAUAAUUCAAAGUACAAGAAAAAUGUACAAAAGCGUUCCAAACUGAUGCAUGAUCAGCCCCUCAAACCCCUGGAUUUAGCUGUUUAUUGGAUCGAAUACGUGAUUCGGCACAAGGGGGCUCCACAUUUGAGGUCAGCAGGACUUGAUCUGAGGUGGUACCAGAGGGAGAUGAUUGACGUUAUUGCCUUUCUUACCGCUUGUGUGACGGCAAUAUUGGCGGCUGUUUACCUAACAAUUAGGAAAGUGAUCUGUGGGAGAAAAUCCGGCAAGAAACCGACGACUUUGGAGAAGAAAAUUAACUAACUUCUAGCACAUUUAGUACCAAUUGUGAUAAGCAACAAGGGCACCAUUAAUAUUUAAAUUGUAUGUGUUUAUUAUCACAUAUCACAAUUUUAUGCAACUAAGCAAAUAAAAGUCAACCAUACAUUCA